AUGUCGAUCUGGGACACCCUCUCCGGCCGGAAAUCUUCUACUUCCCCGGCUCCGGCUGCCUUCGACCCUUCUUCCGCUCACGAUGUCACCUCUUUCCUCUCUAGCACAGCCAUUCCUGAUCCUUCAGAGUUACACCCUCUCGCGGGACUUAAUCGCGAAACACUAGACUAUCUCACUCUCGAGGACUCCACAUUGAAUGAACUCCCUGGUUCUCAAUCUGCACUUCCUUCCCGGGGGUGGUCCGAUGACCUGAGUUAUGGCACCGGAACAACGUAUCUCACAGCUCUGUCCAUUGGAGGUCUUUGGGGUCUUACAGAGGGAUUGAGGAAAGCACCUCCCAGUGCGCCUCCCAAGCUGCGGCUGAACGCCGUGCUCAACUCCGUGACAAGACGUGGCCCUUUCUUGGGCAACUCUGCGGGCGUGCUUGCUAUGACAUACAAUGGAAUCAAUUCGACGUUGGGAUAUGCCCGUGGCAAGCAUGAUGCGGCGAAUAGCAUUAUCGCUGGCGCACUGAGUGGGAUGCUUUUCAAGAGCACUAGAGGCUUAAGGCCUAUGAUGAUAUCGGGAGGAAUAGUCGCCAGUGUGGCGGCCGCCUGGACCGUUGCCCGACGCGUGUUCUUUUCAUAG